AUGAGUGAAAAUAUUUCUGCUAUUUCUGAAAUCUCUUCUAUUUCUUCUCCUGCUGCCACCACUGCAUCUUCUUCACCCAAUAUUCUUGAAUCUGAUCAAACAGUCAACAACGACAAUAAAAGUAAAAAUAACAAUCAUCAUCAUAAUGUUGAUUCACUUCCUCAAAUUAAACUUCCAUUUCCACCAGUGAUUGAUCCAUCAGACUUGAUUCAUCCUAGCAAACCAGUUACAAGUAUUUCUGCAUUCGACGAACCUCAUAAACCAUCACGUGCACCAAAUGCAUUCAUCAUUUAUCGUAAAGCUUUUGUUAAAGCGGCUAGAGAUGAAGGCCAUUGUCUACCAAUGACCGUGAUUUCUUCAAUGGCUUCUGCAGCCUGGGAAAAAGAGUCUGAGGAAGUUAAGACAGAGUAUAAACGUAUUUCAAAAGAAGCUCAUUUGAAAAAGAAGGCAAUGAUUUUUCAUUGGAUGAGAUUACGUGUCAUUCCAUUUCAAUGUGGAAAGGAAAUGUUUCGUCGACUAUCGAAUGUUUCAAAUGUUGCGUCAACUAACGUUCUAAAAGGUGGAGUUGGUGGUAAUAGUAGUGGUGUUUACUAUAUUGGAAAUUUGUUUGGUAAUAAUGGUUGUGUUUAUGGAAGAGGAUUAUUUGGUGCUGUAGCAAAUUUACUUAAAACUAGUGCUAAAAAACCCAUAAAAAAGACGACUAUAAAGAAGAAAGUAGCUGCAAAGAAGGCAGCAGUACCUGUUAAAAAAGCAGCACUUCCCAAAAUUACAAAACCGGAACCUAAAAGACCAAAGAUGCCAUAUUCUAUAUUCUUUAGUGAAGAAUACAAGAUGGAAAUAGAGAAAGAUCCUACCCUUACGGUGCCAAGAAUUGGUAAAAUUUUAGGUGAAAAAUGGAGAAAUUUACCCGAUGAUAUGAAAGAGAGUUAUAAAGCGAGAUAUAUUCAAGAAAGAGAAGAAUAUAAGAAGAAUUAUGAGAAAUGGUAUAAUUCUUUGACAGUAGAUGAUAUUAAACUUGAGAAUAAACAUCGUAGAUUGAGAAAGAGACGAGGAAAAAAACUUUUGAAAAUUCCAAAUAUGCCCAAAAGACCAACCAGUUCUUAUAUUUAUUUCGUUGUAAAAAAUAUGGAUGUAAAUGAUGGUGAAAAGUCUACAGUUCGUGUGUCCAAACUUGCAGAAAAAUGGAGAAAUUUAUUGGAUAAAGAAAAGAAGGUCUACCAAGAUUUAAGUGAAAAAGAUAAAAAGAGAUAUUUAGACGAGAUGGUAGAAUUCGAGAAAAAACAAGUGGUGGCUUGA